UCGCUACUGGGCCGUCAGACCUCUCGGCACAGAGCUGCGCACUUCGCACUUGCGGAUAGCCUUCUCCGGGACCUGACGUCACUUCAGUGCUGUGCUGCUGUAGUGCCUGGUGCCGUGUAGCUGCCCGUCAUCUUGUGCGCCCGCUGGAUAGGUAGGUGGAAGUGUGAAUAGCCUGGCUAUGGCAGACUCCGUGACAGAAGCCGUGACAUCUGCACCCGCGGGGGAGCCUGGGGAGGUGGCCGCUAGGGGGAAGGACGCUCUGGAGAAACGACCAAAGCAGGAUAACAGACACACCCUUCACAAUGGCGCCCCCACACCUGCAGUACUCCCCAAUGACGUAUUGGGCUUUCUGGAAGUGGCCAUGCCAGGAACGUUCCCUGCCGAUGCCGCAGGAGGGACUCCUGUAGUGACUGCAACUCAAGAGGCCAACGAGUCAGUAUCUGUCGUAUCGCAGAUAACGAAAGAACCGACCAACGCUCCUAAAGUAGUGGAGACUCAGGUAACACAGAAACACACAGGUGAAACACAGGAAACGCCAGUUCAUAAAAAAGCCCCAGUUACAAAACCAGACACUUCGAGUGUAGGACUGUCACCGGAAGUGUUGAACUUCUUGGAUCUGACUUUAUUGGGGGUGGCGGAACCAGAGAUGACCGAGGAUGGAUCACAGGCGGCACCCGCAACACCAGACACUCCUGAGCCUAAUGUAACAACAAGUUACACAGUCCGUGACCGUGUCCCACAGGCUUCAUCGGCAGCCAGCGUUGAACCAAAGAUAGCUGAUGAGGUUGUUGUCCAAGACAUGGCUGAGGAAGCAGCUACAGCGAGACAGGAGAUACCGCCUCAGAUAACACAGCCAGCCGUGGACGUGACUGUGAAGGUCACACCAACAACAGUCAAGGCUGAAGAAGAGGAAGCCAAGGCUGAAGUACAAAAGACAGAAGCUGCAGCUGAAGAUGGUCGAGUUGCUGCAGAAGUAGACCUGGAAGAGGUCUCAGAGCUUGCCGUUGAGGAGGUAAACAUGGCUCAAGAAGUUGUUUACCAAGAGGAGCUGGCCGCUGUUCAGACAGUCCCCCAGGCUCAAGAAGAUGUACACAAAGAAAAAGAAGCACCAAAGGUUGAAGUUGAAGACAUCGCGCCGGCGAAGACGGCUGAGCCUGAGGAAAAGCCACCAGUGGCAGUAGUUGAAGAACCGGUGACCGAAGUUACAGAGUCAGCAGCUGAAGUUGACAAAACGGCGAAGGAAGUUACAGAGUUGGCAGCGGAAGUUGAAAAACCGGCGAAGGAAGUUAAAGAGACGACAGCAGAAGUUACAACAGAGCCAGGGGCAGAAGUUAAAGAGCCGGCGGCUGCAGAAGUUACGGAGUCGACAGCGAAACCGGCGACGGAAGUUACAGAGUCGGCAGCGGAAGCUAAAGAGCCAACGACGGAAGUUGAAGAGCCGGCAACGGAGGCUGAAGAAGCAGCGGCAGUAACGAUCACGGAGAACGCAUCAGAACCAGAGAAGACUCAGGCUGAGGCGGUGGAGGAGGCAGCCCCGACAGCUGACGCGGAUAAAGCCAAGAAAUCACCCGUCGCUGCAAACACGGAGUGGACCGAAGAGCAGGUUAAGGAGUGGUCUAAAGAAGGCUACGUUCCUAUGGUCAAGAACAUGUUCCUCCCCUCCACGAUGCCCGUUUUGCCUAGCCCUCUAUUCUAUAUCGGUGUGGGGGCUUUGGCGAUCCUUGUUUUCUAUUUGACGGAAUCCCCCAUCAUGGCCCUCAUGACGCUGGUGUUGGUUCUUGUCCUCAUUCUUCUCGCCCGGCUGUUCUAUCUAUACAGGCUCCACGGCCGGUGCGCUGAGGAGUCGGCUGGUAAGAAAAAAUCAGAGUAAAACAGAGAAAACUUCCUGCUAGGAAAUAAUUAAAAAAUCGUAUACUCGGAGCUAGGACAUCAGCGGCCCACCAGAGAAUGCGUAAAGCGCUUUGUAGAAUAGGAUACAAAGUGAAACUGCACGCAAGCUGCUGUAGAUGGUACUAGUAUGUGCCCCUGAGCUCGUGCCGCCUCCGUGCCAACGGUGGUGCAUCUAGGCCUGCUCUAUCACCUAUGAAAA